AGCUGGCCAGAUCUCCCGGGCCAACGGAGAUUGAAAACCGCAGACGCCCGCUCAAGGUUAUCGACCUGCCGGCGAUAAUGGAUAUGCAGGCGUUUGUGGACACCUUCUCCAAGAACACUCUCAGAGUGGGCAUCACCCUGCAGGUACUGACGCCGCCAAGGAUGGGCAUUGGGCAGGAUCAGCGCCGUACCUCCUUUCUUCCCGGUGUGCGGUGCAGUUGGUGUCGUUCAUCACGCUGAUCAGCGUUUGGUAUGCGUUGGCAGGAGGCGACUUCGUCGACGGUAUCAACGGACUCAUCGAGGUGAGGAGAGGAGCAGUCUGAGAGAUGGAUGCACUCACAGAUGCACGGACGGAUGGAAUGGACUGAUGGAAGUGUUGGGUUGUUGUGGGUGUUGUGUUGUGUUGUGGUGUGUUGUGUUGUGGUGUGGUGUGGUGUGGUGUGGUGUGGUGCAGUACACGGAUGACACCCUGCGCGACAAUUCUCUACUCAACGCGGCGGAGAAAGCCGUCAACCUUCGACUCCCAAUGUGCGUAUCUAUGUUGGCCACACCGCAAAGCGCUGGCCGUGACGGUCUACUUGUGUGUGUGUGUGUGUGUGUGGUGUUGCUGUUGUGCAGGGCCAUCAUUACGUUCUUCUUCCUGGUGAGUGACCCAUCCCAGCGAUGCCCAACGGAUGCAUAAUCUCCACCCGUCCCUGCCCUCUGUGUGUGCUGCAGCUGGGGGCCCUGUAUUUGGCCGUCUUCCAGAGUGCGAUGGAUGGAUGAAUGAAUGGAUGGAACCACUGCAAUGCAAUGCAUCGCACGGCAGAGAGAGACCUGCAGGGAUCUAUCUGUUGUUGUGUCGGUUCAGGUUUUCUCCACCAGGGCGAAAGGGCCAACAGAGGUCACAUACACGUGCAACAAGACAGAGAGUGAUGCGCCCGCCGUCUUGACGGACAUCAAGUGUGUGUGUGCAGGUUUCCGUGCUGGUGGGAAGUUCCUGAUGUACGCCGUGACGUUCGACAUCCUGCAGCUGCUCACGACGUUCAUCUUCUGGGGCGCUCUGUGCAAGGUCGGUCCACAGACACAUGCCAUGCAUCGUCUUCUGUCCGGCCCGGAUGGUGGAUGAAUGUGUUGCAGUUCGACAGCAACGCCACGCAGAACAUGCAGGGUUUCCUGGCGUCUGGUGCGACCAAUCGUGCCCUCUUCAUCUCCCAGACGGUCGCGAGCAUCGGGUGGAUCUUCUACGCCGCCGCAUUCUUCCUUAUGGAGGUGAGCGAGGUGCUAAUGGAUGGAUGAAUGAAGGGGCUCGUUGUAAGUUUGUCGUAAUGGCGUCAGCUCAACAACACGGAGGGUCCUGGGAUGGUGUUCGGGUGGAUCAUUGCCUCGUCCUACAAACUCGCCGGUGACGAAGUGACUCAGAGAAGCGCAAAGGGGAUACCCACGUCUCGUGUGUUGUGUUGUGUGUUCAGCGGUGUUGGGGCUGGUGUAUGUGUUCCUGCCGACGACCGCCCCCAGCUUCUGGAUGCACCUGGCCAUGAUGGUCUUCUACGGCCUGGGGCUCUUCGUCGCCACCAUCUGGGCAUUCAUGUUCGAACCCACCAUCCACUGGGUCGGUGGGGGAGGGACCUUACACGCAAAGACCACACAGACAUCGGGAUACACACGACUGCGACGCCCAUACGCACAUCGCAUUUGAGUAUUGCAUAUGUGUGUUGGUCGGUGUGUUGCAGGAGGGGGCUCCGGGGAUGUAUGCGGAGAGCUACGAGUUGGCCCCCGCCCUCGCACCCAAGCCCGUCAUGGCCACGACCAUGUCGUGAGCAGCCCGCCGCAACAAUACAACACGAUACUAGCACACAUUAGAUAGGGGGCACGUAGGCAGGCAGGGGCGGGAGGGAACAGCGGGCGCCGGCGCAUCAGACAUACGGAGUUUUAAUAACGGGGGAUGUCAGAGGGGUUCGGUGCUGGAUUUUUCGUUGCGGACACCACACACUGUCACAUCCAUUGUUUAUAUCACACCACCACAUCCACACGUUCAUGGAACGUCCAUGUCUCGACUCUACUUUCCCAUGAAGUGACGGCAGCCUUGGCGGCUCACAAUUACGCCCACCCAUGAAUGCAC